AUGCUUCUCCUUGAACAUGGUUUGGGUUUGGGUCAGCAGAAACUCUCACUCAAAAUGAUAAGGUUGGGGUUAAGAUUGGGGGAUGCUGUUGUCAAUGUUUACAUAAACCAUGAGAAGAAGUUUGCCUUUGUGGAGAUGAGAUCUGUUGAGGAGGCCAGUAAUGACAUGGCCUUUGAUGGAAUUCUUUUUGAGUACACUGUCAUGCAAGGUCCUGGAAGCUCUAUUGUUAUUAUUUGUAGAGUUGAUUGUAGGGGAGAAGCAGUUUCCUCAGUUGUCUUCGGCAGUCUUUGGGAAUUGCAGUUGCAUCAUCAGCUGGACUCUCCAGCUAGACUGUCAGGAAACUUCCAGCUAGACUGUCAGGAAACUUUCUCUUUAUUUGGCCCGCAAACACAAUGCAGCAGUUUUUGGUCUGAAGUGCACUGUUCAUGUGACUGUUCAUGUGCAUUUUCAGCUGCUUUGGAGCUUCCUAUUUCAGCUGGACUAUUUCUACAACUAGACUCUUACUUUAGCUGGACUUCUGUUUCAGCUACAUUGGUUCGAUAUCAGUUGCCAAUGGUGGUUAUAGUGUUUAACAAUAGUGGUGUAUAUGGUGGUGACUGGAGGAACCCUGAAGAAAUUACAGGACCUUACAAGGAUGACCCUGCACCGACUUCUUUUGUCCCUGGUGCUGGAUAG